AAGGCUUCCCGAUCUACACCAACGUGAUCUACACGUUCCAUUCCGACCCGCCGAACAUCCGGUACCGGGGCGCGGACCCGGAGUACAACCCCACUGGCGCCUACAGGCACUUGUUCGAGCUGCCGGAGGACUGGCUGCUGCGCGGUCAGGAGGUGUUCCUGCACAUCGGCGCCGUGUGCUGCACCUGCCGCGCCUGGCUGAACGGCGUGGAACUGGGCUUCAGCACGGACAGCAAGCUGCCCGUGGAGUUCCGCCUGACGCCGCACCUGCGGAAGGGCGCCAACCUGGUAGCCUUGGAGGUGCUAGCUGCGAGGCUGCGCCGCGGCCGACUGUGGUGGCUGGCUGGCAUCACCAGAGACGUGUACGUGUACGCGCGCCCCCGCCAGCACAUCCGCGAUAUAGAGGUGCGCGCCUCCGCGGAGGGGCUGCUGGAGGUGGACGCGGAGAUCGCGACGGGCGGCUCCGCUCCCUGCGCGGCCCUCCAGUGCGAGCUCUUCGGCGCCGACGGGGUGGUUCGAGGAGCCGGGAAGAGCGGCCGCAGGCGCGGCAAGAGGAGCGACGCAGCGGUUGAGAAUAGACGCCGUCAGCUUCAGUUCAAACACGGCCUGAAGGACACAGGCAACAAGCUGCGCGACCUCGCGUAUAUCGAGGACCACCCGUCGGAGAAUUCGUCGGGCGCCAUCGAGGAGGCAAAGAAGGAGGUCUUGGAUCAGAUCAUAGACCUCGAGCGCACGAGGCAGGAGAUAGCUGAGAGCAAGGAGGAGCUCGCCAGGAGACACGCGAUCGAGCGCAUGGGCGAGCAGAUCCGAGGCGUUACGAACGCGGGAGGAGCCGCACCCGGUCUCGUCGACACGAAGGGGAUCGGCAAGCCCACGACGCUAGGCGACGAUCAGGAGAAGUUCGGAGCUUGGAACCGCAAGAUGGAGAACUACGUGAUAGGCGUGUACGGAGAGAGCUUCCGUCCUGUUCUCCGGUGGGCGGCAGAAGCCGAACGCCCCGUGACGAUCGAAGGGGCACAGGAGGCGCACGGAGGGGUACCAGAGCUGGAGACCAAGAUCAACCAGCUGUACGCGGCGCUGAUCAGCACGACGGCGGACGGCAGCGAGAGCAACGACCUCGUGACGGGCGCACCCGACGGGAACGGUCUCGAGGCCUGGCGGAAGCUUCACCGCAGGUGGGACCCGACGACAGGUCCGUGGAAGAGGCUGAUCCUGAGGUCGAUCAUCUCGCCUCCGAAGUGCAACGCGGAAGAGCUGGGGUCCGCCUUAGAGAAGUGGAUCCAGCAGAUAGGCAAGUACGAACGCCGCCAAGGAGAAGACGGGCUGGCCGAGUUGCCGGAGGAUAUCAAGAUGGCGGCCCUCGAGAUGCUCGUGCCUCAGGACAUCGAGAACCACCUCGUACUCAACAAGCAUCGGCUCGUGACGUUCCAGGACAGCCUGAACGAGGUAAUGACGAUCGUAGAGGCUCGGACAGGCGUGAAGAUCAAGGAGCCAUCGAUCCGCGCACGGGCGCAUCAUCCGGACGACAUGGACGUCGGAUCGUUCGGGGCCCCGAAAGGAAAAGGCAAGGGCAAGGACAAGGCGGCAGGCAGCCUGGAGGAGGAGCCUGAGGCGGAGGUCGCCGCUCUGGACCUGGGCAGCUUGGACUGCCUGGAGCUCGCCAGCGGCAACGGCCGCGGCGUAGCGGCGGUCGACCUCUCCCCCUUCGUGCAGGACGACUGGAUGAAGUUCAACUGGGACAGCGGUGCAGCUGUCUCAGCAUUCCCUCGGAGCUUCGCGCCGCCGACGGGAAUGAAGGGCAAGGGCAGCACGUAUCGCACGGCCAGUGGUGAGCUCGUCCCGGCGGAGGACGAGAACGGAGUGCUACGAGCGCUCAAGGGACGCGUGACGAACGUGCACAAGCCGUUGAUCUCGGUGGGGCAGGCAGCAGGAGCUGGACAGUGUUCAUUCCUAGGCCGCAAUGGCGGCUGGAUAUUCCACGAGAAGAGCCCAAUCGGCAAGCGCGUGGUAGGCAUGCUGGAGAAGGAGGCGAAGACGGCGAAGCACCAGAUGCUGCCGGUCUAUCGUGAGCAGGGAGUCUACAACUUCUACCUCAAGAAGGGCCAACAUGGCUCGGUUGCUCCUCUCGAGGAGGGACUUUCGGCGAAGUCGAAGUCCGAGCUGGUGGAGCUCCUCAGCAGCAAGUCGAAGGAGGAGCUGCUGGAGAUCUUCGAGAGGACAGCACCUCACGAGCCCUCUCAGAGGGAGAUCGUCGAGCACGAGGCGAUGGGACACGCGACCUACCGCAGCUGGUGUCGCGUGUGUAUUGCGGCAAAGGGCCAAGGCCAGCCGCAUCUCCGCGCACCGGAGGACGACGAGACGGCGGUGCCGGUGGUCUCGUCCGACUACGCCUUCAUGGGCCAGGACGACGCGGACACCAUGCCGAUGCUGGUCCUUAGGGAUCGACGCUCGAAGAUGAUGGCAGCGACAUUCGUGGAGAAGAAGGGCGACGACGCCUACGCCAUCAAGUUCUUCGCACGCUUCUUACGGAUCCUGGGCUACAGGAAGAUAGUCAACAAGUCCGACGGAGAGCCAGCGAUCCUGCUGGUCAAGAGGCGUGCGGUGGAGGAGGUUCCUGGCCUCGAGGCCAUUCCCCAGGAGUCGGCACCGGCCGAUCAUCAGGCCAAUGGGGAGAUCGAGGUCACGGUGCGCGAGAUCAAGAAGCAGGUGCGGGCGCUCAAGAUGGACCUGGAGUCCAAGCUGGGCGUCAAGGUGGAGGACAAGCACCCAGUGCUGGCGCACCUGCCGGAGCACGCCGCAUCGGUGAUCAACCGAUACAGGCGCGGCCAGGACGGCAAGACCGCUCUUCAGCGGCUCACGGGACGGCAGUGGAGGACGCCGGUCCCGCUCUUCGGUGAGCGCCUGAUGGUGCGGUUCGCCGGGGAGCGCGCGAGGAAGAACGCGCUGGAGGAGCAGAUGGUGGAGGCUCGCUACAUCGGCCACCACCCGCGCGACGGCUCGAUGAUGGACAUCACGAGCGACGGUGUGAAGAAGGCGGUCGGCUUUCGCAGCCUGCCGCAGAGCGAGAAGUGGAUCACGGCGGGCUGGGACAGCCUGAAGGGCCUGCCGUGGGACGUGGCUCCGCGUGCGGCAGUGCGCCGCGAGCCAUCGUCGGACCGGGAGAGGAGGAUGUACGUUCUCAAGGCGGACGUCGAGCGGCUGGGCGCAACGCCGGGAUGCCCAGGGUGCGUCUCGAUCGCCAAGCACGGGAAGGUGCUGGCUGGCCAUGCGCACAACGCGGUGUGCAGCAAGAGAAUCUUCGAAGCGCUGGACGCUGAGGAGGCAGGCCGGGAGAGGACCGGCCAGUAUCGAGAGCGGAGGCAGGGCCAAGAGGCCAGAGUCCGCCCGGCGGCAGCGGCCGCGGCAGGGACCCCUCCGCCGAAGACGGCUCGGAGGAUCACCGAGCCGGUGGCAGCGGCGGCGUCGGCGCCGGCCGCGAGCCGAUCGGCAGCAGCGCCAGCCGCAGCGGCGCGCAUGCGAGAGAGCCAGCCGGGAGCAUCAGGCUCCGGCGUGGCGGCUCCUUCAGGAGGAGCGAGCUCCAGUUCGGGAGCAGUGAGAGCGGCAGAGGCCGCCGAGGCUGUCGACAUGACCGCGACCAGGUCGCGGCUGAAGCGCUUGGCGGAGGUGGCCCCGGAUGACGUGCCGGAGGCCCUCGAGCGCGGUGAUCCACAGCCGGCAGUCGUGCCGGUACCGGUGGACAUGGAGGAUCUCGCGGCGCAGCCGGCGCCAGCGGAAGGACCUCAGCUGCCAGCUGGAGUGGCAGUCGUGUGGAACGCCAGUGAGGGGAGACACAUGCGGGUGCUCGCUCUCGACGUGGCGUCGAUCGAGCUGGUCGAGCUCGGAGUGCUGACGAGAGCGAAGGCGGAGUUGCUCCCGCUCGUUCGCGAACAGGUCAGCGGCCAUUGGGCCGGCGUCGGCGUGGACAUCGCCGACGAAGAGGUGGACAGCAUCGCCUUAUCGGCGUUGCAGCUGGGCGCCGUGGACGUGGCAGAGGUGUACUCGCCACAUCGGUUCUCGGCUCGGGCGGCGGAGUUUCAGCUGCGCCCGGGCUUCGCGGCGGACCUGGAGGAACUCAAGGAGGACGGGGCGCCGUGGGACUUGCGGCGACCCGAGGAUGUCAAGGAGCUGGUCGCGCAUCCAGGAGUCUUCACGGUCAAAGGCCCCAUGUGUCGGUGGGGCAUGAAGCUCACGAACCCACGCAGUGGCCAGGAGGAGUUCGUGCGCAAGGAGACCGGGUGGGUCACCAACCACCCAGGCUUAGCCCGGAGACUGCAGGGCAUUUGCAGCAAUGUGGACGGACGCGCGGAGUGGCAUCGCCACAUCACGCUCGUGGGCGGCAUCGCGCGGUUUGCGAAGGUCUAUCCACCGAAGUUGGUGGAGGCGGUGCUGGAGGAGCUCAAGGACACGCUGAAUGACGUGGGGGAGCUCAGCACCGCCCAGGGGCAGCAGUCGGGCCCAGUCCCUGUGGGCGCGGCGGUGCCGCCCGGGGACUGGACGAGCUACUGGGACGACGUCAAUGGCGGCUACCUGGAGGCGGGCCUUGUGGCCCAGGCUCGCGCGGUCGAGCGCGAGUGGGUCAAGAAGCAGGAGCUGAUCGAGAUCGUCCCGAGGUCUCAGGCUUUCGCUGAGACUGGGCGUCCGCCCAUCCCACUCAAGUGGGUCGACGCGAACAAGGGUGACGCGGAGAGGCCCAACUACAGGAGCAGGCUCGUCGUGAAGGAGAUCAAGGCGAAGAAGCGUCCUGACGAGCAGCUGGAGGCGUCCGAGGUCUUCUCGGCAAUGCCUCCGCUGGAGGCCAUGCGGUCGCUGGUCUCGCUGAUGGUCACGUGGACGCGGGAAGCGCCGCUCCACAUUCAGGAGUCGCUUCGCAAGAAGGGCAGGAAGCCGGGCAACUUCAAGAUCGGCUUCUUCGACAUCAGCAGGGCGCACUUCUACGGGAAGGCGCAGCGGAGGAUUUUCGUGGAGCUGGAGGAGGAGAGUCGCAAGGAGUACGGUGAGGACAAGUGUGGCUUACUCCUCAAGUCCUGGUACGGCACGCAGGACGCCAGCAAGAUCUGGCAGGGCGACUACACGGAGCUGUUGGAGGAACACGGCUACAAGGCGGGCGUGUCAUGCCCAGCGGUCUUCUACAAGGAGGUGGACGAGACGAGGCUGCUGGGGCACGGCGACGAUUUCGCGGUGCUGGCUCAGCAGCAGGACAUCGACAGCUUCGAAGCCACGUUAGGCAAGAAGUACGAGUUCAAGAAGACUGCGAACCUCGGCUUCGACGAGGGCGACGACAAGCAGGCGGUCUUCCUGAAUCGGGUCAUCGAGGUCAGUGCGGGAGUUCCGCCUGGCGGUGGCCGACCCUGCCGGCAUGCGAUGAUCGAGCCGGACAAGCGGCGCGCAGAGAUCGUGAUCGACGAGCUGGGUCUCAGCAAGGCCAACGGCGUGGACACGCCGAGGGAGAAGCGCAGCGCCGACAAGCAGAUGAUGGACGCGAAGUCGGCGGCGCUGGGAACGGCGGAAGCUUCGC